AGAAAGAGAAGACAGAGCGAGACCUCAGCCAACGAAAUGCGAUGGCCAGAUAGUGAAGACAUGAGCGAGUGUGUUCCAGCGAUUUCAUGCGCGUUUGUCUUCUUCCAAUCAAAUAUGAUUUGGAUAGGAUGAGAAGAGUAGCGUCUUUGUUGACAUAAUUUAAGGACAGCCUGGUGGUUACAGAUGGUUACGUUCGCAGGCUGGGCUAUAGCCUAUAGGCUAGAGAAAAUCAUUUCAUCAAUCGACAUUAUUGCGAGCCAUGAUGGAAUUACAUAACGCCUAUAUGCUGCAGUCUAUAAUAACGUACAUUAUGCUCUUUUCUCACUGAACGACUGAAUGUAAAACGCAGCGGCAGCUGGACAGAUCACAGAGGAAAUCACAUUGAGCUCCACAUAACGAAUCGAGGAGCCGAGCGCAUUGCAUGAAUUAACAGAGCAGAGGGCUCAGCGUCGAUACUAGAGAGAUGAAGGACCUUUCGUUCUCCCCUUGAUGUGUUCAACCGGCCACUGGGGAGAGACAACCAGGAGCAGCCAAUGCUCGGAGAGAACAGCGGCCGCAGCGCCAGACAUCGGCGAGAGUGAUAACUCAGCGCUGUUUACUGUCAUUUGAGAGCUGGCACCGGACCCGCGGUGAGGCAUGGGCUGCGCUCCCAGCAUCCACGUCUCCCAGAGCGGUGUGAUCUACUGCCGAGACUCGGACGAGUCCAACUCUCCGCACCAAACCACCACUAUCUCGCAGGGCACCGCGGCCACCCUACAUGGGCUGUUUAUCAAGACGGACGCGGCCGAUACCAUCUCAUCCGUCAUCACCUACCAGAGCAGGCACUCCGGAACCAACUCUCAACGAGAGAGAAGAGAGAACCGCGGGGGACACAUCUGCAUCGAGGCUGAGACCCAGACCAGUCACACCAGUGUCAAGGUAUCAGCCACAGAAGAAUGCAUAGGACCUAUGAGACUGACCCAAGAACCUAUCCAGGUCCUGCUGGUGUUUGCGAAGGAGGAUGGUCAAAGCGAUGCCUUCUGGUGGGCGUGUGACCGGGCGGGUUUCAGGUGUAACAUCGCCCGAACGCCUGAGUCCGCCAUCGAGUGUUUCCUGGACAAGAGCCACGAGAUUGUAGUCGUCGAUGGACGACACUCACGAUACUUUGAGGCAGAAGCUGUCUGUCGGUUGAUUCGUGCCACAAAGCGCUCAGAACACACAGUCAUUCUGGCCGUUGUGCCACAGACGCCUUCAGGUCAGGAGGAGCAGUCUGUUCUUCCUCUCCUCUGCGCUGGACUCAGCAGAAGGUAUGUGGAGAACAGUAGUGUCUCUGCCUGCUAUAAUGAGUUGCUCCAGAUUGAACAUGGAGAGGUGCGCUGCCAGUUCAAACUCAGGGCGUGUAACUCAGUGUUCACUGCUCUGGACCACUGUCAGGAGGCUGUGGAGAUCACCAGUGAAGACCAUGUGAUACAGUAUGUGAACCCGGCAUUUGAGUGUAUGAUGGGUUACCACAAGGGAGAGUUGAUAGGGAAAGAGCUGACGGAACUCCCCAAGAGUGACAAGAACCGAGCAGAUCUUCUAGACACCAUCAACAACUGCAUCAAGAAAGGAAAGGAGUGGCAGGGGAUCUACUACGCCAGGAGGAAGUCGGGUGACAGUAUACAGCAGCAUGUCAAGAUCACGCCUGUGUUUGGCCAGGGAGGAAAGAUCCGCCAUUUUGUGUCCAUCAAGAGGCCCCACAGUGACAACAACAAACAGGUCCAUAAGAUCAACAAAGAUGGAGAACAUUCCCAGUCAGAGAGCCAUUCCCUGCGUCACAGAGACAGGAGGAAAGAGUCGGUUGAUACCAGGUCAAUCAGCUCACGUGGCAGUGAUGCACCCAGUCUGCAAAACCGCCGGUACUCAUCUGUAGCCAGAAUCCACUCUAUGACCAUAGAGGCCCCCAUCACCAAGGUGAUCAACAUCAUCAACGCGGCCCAGGAGUCCAGUCCGGUGUCCGUAGCAGAGGCGCUGGACCGAGUCCUGGAGAUCCUGAGGACCACAGAGCUCUACUCUCCUCAGCUGGCCUCCAAGGAGGACGACCCACACACCAACGACCUUGUAGGCGGUCUCAUGAGCGACGGCUUACGGAGACUGUCUGGCAACGAGUAUGUCUUCUCCAAAAGUACUUUUCCAAAUUUGAGCCAGAGUCAGCUGGCCAUCCCAGUAACGCUGAAUGACAUCCCUCCGGCCAUUGCUGAGAUGCUGGAUGACGAAGACCAAUGGGAGUUUAACAUCCUGGAGCUGGAAGCUGCCACCUGUAAGAGACCUCUGACCUACCUGGGCUUGAAGAUCUUUGCUCGGUUCGGGGUGUGUGAGUUCCUGAGCUGCAGUGAGGCUACGCUACGUUGCUGGCUCCAGAUCAUAGAGGCUAAUUACCACGCCUCCAACUCCUACCACAACUCCACCCACGCCGCUGACGUCCUCCACGCUACAGCCUACUUCCUACGCAAGGAGAAGGUCAAGGGCAGUCUAGAGCAACUGGACGAGGUGGCUGCAUUGAUCGCGGCGACGGUCCAUGACGUGGACCACCCGGGGAGGACCAACAGCUUCCUGUGCAAUGCAGGAAGUGAGCUGGCCAUCCUGUACAAUGACACGGCUGUGUUAGAGAGUCACCACGCCGCCCUCGCCUUCCAACUCACUGUCAGUGACAGCAAGAGCAACAUCUUCAAGAACAUCGACAGGACACAGUUCCGGACAUUGAGGCAGGCCAUCAUUGACAUGGUGCUGGCUACAGAGAUGACCCGCCAUUUUGAACAUGUCAACAAGUUUGCCAACAGCAUCAACAAACCAAUGGCUGCCAUCGAGGAGUCCAGCUCAAACAGUGAAGGCAGUGACAGCGAGGGCCCAGCCAGUAUCAGGAACAGCCCAGAGAACCGGCUGCUGAUCAAGAGGAUGAUGAUAAAGUGUGCUGACGUGGCCAACCCCUGCAGACCCCUGGAGCUCUGCAUAGAAUGGGCGGGACGCAUCUCAGAGGAGUACUUCGCACAGACUGAUGAGGAGAAGAGACAGGGUCUACCGGUGGUCAUGCCUGUCUUUGACAGGAACACCUGUAGUAUCCCCAAGUCUCAGAUCUCCUUCAUAGACUACUUCAUCACAGACAUGUUUGACGCUUGGGAUGCCUUCGCCAGUCUACCUGGCCUCAUGGAGCACCUGUCAGAGAACUACAAAUACUGGAAGGGUCUGGACGACAUGAAGUGCAAGAGCCUGCGGCCGGCCCCUCCUCCGUGACCCCUCUAUCCCUCCCUCUCUCUCCCCAAUAUCCCUCCAUCCCUCCCUCUCAUUGGGCUGGGGGAGACAGCGAAUGUAGCCUGGCGCUGGUAUUAAGCCCAUCCCACGAUGAUUCUACCCAGCUCCACACACAAUGGACUGUAGACCUCAAGAGUCUGUAGACCUCGGAGUCUACAGCUGGGAGCCCUCAGAAGAGACCAGGGGACUGACAUACCGGCUGACAAAUUACACCCCAACUCCCCAUAUAGUGCUCUCCUUCUGUGCAGACAUCUUUCCCAUCCCUAGUUAUCGGAUGUUACUUCAAACUGAUUUCAAACAGAGAAUCAUUACGAUGCCCCAUGGCAAAUUUGGCAUCGGGAGGGGGGCUCUGGUCAUAAGUAGUGCACUACAUAGCGAAUAGGGGGACAUUUGAGAAUUGCCCACUGAGACUCUCCAGCCUCUUCAGACCCCUCUGUGGUUCCUCUUGGGCCUCUAAUGUGACUCUACAGCCCUCCUGACAAUCUAUCCCAACCAACCGCACUUUAGCAGCUCAAAAAAACGUGUCAAUUUCUCACAUCUUUUAUUUUUUUCCCUGUGAUGUUGUCUGUGUUCUAUAUCCGUUUCUUUUGUCUCAGGCAAGUGUCUGCUGUUGUUUGUCGUACCUCUGAUUUCUGUCCGUCCUUGCUUAGUCCCUACGGUAGUGUGUGGUGAUGUGGGUACCAAAGGUUUGCUGACACAUGAACUACUUCUACUGUACCAGGAAUAAAAGACGAGAGAGCACAGAACUAAAGUAUGUAGAGAGAAACCUGUUCCCUGAAUCACACACACACAGCCAACUUAUAAAACUGUAACUUAGCUCUCCUUGUUCUCUCUCCAGAUGGAAGUAUUAGGUCAUAUUGAGCUCUGAUAAGCCCAGUAAGGCGGAGUAAAACAGAGAUGUGUGUGUGUGUGUGUGUGUGUGUGUGUGUGUGUGUGUGUGUGUGUGUGUGUGUGUGUGUGUGUGUGUGUGUGUGUGUGUGUGUGUGUGUGUGUGUGUGUGUGUGUGUGUGUGUGUAUUUGGCAGCAGACCCAGAGCAGUCAGCGGUCUGUGUUCGCUCCAUACCUGGGAGGUUUACAGAGCAGAGUCCAGCUGAACUGACUGCUGUAAUAUCUCUCUCUACGGGGGAAAACCAGAGCUUUGCUCAGAGAGCCAGGCCUCACGGGCAGCUCGCCCACCACCAUGCUCCCCCCCUGGGGCUAGAACCAGCCCUCACUCUGCCCCCUCUGGAACCCAGCUCCAGACAUGGCUCUUAAAAGAGAACACUGGGGCUUGGUGGGAACAGCAUUAGAACAGGAUUCUAACUCUAUUAGCAACAAGUGGGGGAAAAAACAGCAGUAUAUAUUAAGUACAGUUGAUCUUUACAACUUAGAAGCCACAGCAGUGAAUUAUCUGAGGGACAGUAAGGCUAGUGUACUGUUUUAUGACAGCUUGUAUUGAAGCUAGUCCUAAUUCAUUACUUUAAAUGGGUCAUAAAGCUCCAGUGAAACAGUACAUUCAUUUAAACAUCAAAGGCACAUUGAAGUGGACACAUACUGUAGCUAAUUGCAAUCUCCAAAUACGAAGGGAACUAAUUAGCGUUGGCUAAGCAAAAUGCUAUUCCAAAGCACAACUCUGUGAUUUCUAACAUUUCAGUUGUGCUGUGGUGUGCGGUGCAAUAGUAGGAGUGCGUUUCUUUUUCCAACUGCUUUUUGUCCCUCCUGCCUCCCGGUAAUGUGUUGCUGGUCCGUUGUGAAGUAGCAUGGUAGUGUGGUCUGAGCAGAGAGCCGCCUCACAAGAGCCUGAUGAAACCACCAUGGGACAAACAGCAUGAAAUACUUGGCUGGUCCUGGCUCAAAUUACACCCUAUUCCCUAUGUAGUGCCCUACUUUUGGGACAGAUAUUUAUGUGGUGAAAGACUGGCACACUUAGCUCUUGGGGCUUAAACAGUUGCAUCUUAAAUACACUCGAUUGCCUAUAUAGUGCACUGUGUUUCACUACUCUUAUCAAAAGUAAUGCACUAUCAAGGGUAUAUGGGGUUAUUUUAGAUUGACCCUGUCUUUGGAUCCUCUCUGGGAAAAUAGCACUUUCAGCUCCCAGCACACUCUACUGCUACUUGGUUCGGUUUGGUUCAGUUUUCAACUCAGGCUAGACUAUUAAAAUAUGAUUUCAAAUGUCACUAUCAUAAAACAUGCUGUCCAUCCAUUUCUUUCUCUUGUCAUCUAGAAUCACAUUACUGUGUAGUUGUCUCCCUCCAGUGGUUGGCAGUGGGGAAUGCAGUUUCAGUUCAUUUCCUUGUGCAACAGCAGCGGCCAUACAAGACAGGCUUCGUCAGAGGUGUUGUGAAUGGAUGAUACGCUUUGAGUUUAAAGUAUGUGUUUGCGUGUGCGUGCAAGUGUGUAAAUUCAACCAACAAAAUCAAAACUGGUGAACGUAUUUAACCAAAGGCACAGGGAUCUUCUUUAAGGUGCCUUACUUUGACCCUCUCCUCUAAAACAGGGUUCAGAGUUCAGGCUUCAAAUGGUUUGUUUGGCUUCAUGUGGUUCGUUUGUGUUCGCGAGCAGCUGAACAAAGACACCGGACUAAGCCAUAGAGUACUUAACCUUACUAUUUUAACCUGUAUUUUAUUGUUCCAAAUGGCACCAUAUUCCCUAUGUAGUGACAAAGAAGUGUGCUAUGUGGGAAUAGGGUGUCAUUUGAUACUGGUGAAUACUACAAUUAUUAUGAAGAGAAACUUGUGUUUGAUAAUGACUGUGUGCUAGUUUCAGAACAUGGUAAGACAAACGCCUUAACUCACUCAGUCAAGGCUAUGCUAGAUUCACUGCUAUAGGACACUGUAAAAUACAUAGCUUCUGCUGACGUAAACAACCCACUAUCUAGUCUCCCAUGGACUGUUUUCUAUUGAGCCUGAUCUAUUUUCAAUGAAUUAUGUUUCUGUUUGUUGUCAAGCGAGUUUUGGUCAGAUCUCAUGUCACACCCACAUGCUUGUCAUCCUUUCCUUUCUUUGAACUCUCAAAGACGAACCGUUUCUGCUGUGAGAGCAGGGCGUGGCAUCUACUGUGAUGUCAUUUUAACCCGGCUCUGUCAUUGGUCAGAGACUCUGGGUAUGGAGAACGUGCCAAUCCCUUUAUUUUCUAUUGUUUCCAAGCAGAACAACCAACAGAUAUUCUGCAAGCAUUAAUGUAUAUAAGCUUUAUUUUGUGGUUAUUGGCUGUGAAAAGGCAAACGUAAAAUAUUGUAGAAAUGUUUUAUGUAUUUUUGAAGGACUUGAUGGUUUGAUGCUUUAGUUGUGUAUCAACCCACCGGGCAGAAACUGGUUGCAUCAACGUUGUUUCCACAUCAUCAGAUAGAUUUUAAAAAUAUAUGAUGUUGAAUCAACGUGGAAAACUGAUUGGAUUUGCAAAAAGUCAUCAACGUAAGGGAAUUAUAUUCGGGUUUUUUAAAACUUUUUUUUAACCUAAAUUCAAUGACAUGGUGACAUUUUCUUUUUUUUAAAUGUAUUAUUAUGUUGAAUUCACUGCAGUUGACGUCACAAUCAAAGUGUAAAUCCAAACUAGAUGUUGAAAUGACAUCUGUGCCCAAUGAGAAGCUAUUCUGCUUGGGUCCUAGAAGGGGUUGGGUGGAUAUAAUUUCAGUUUUUUUUGGCCUGUGUCAAAGGAAGUCUUCUUUUGUUGUUGAUUUGUCGACACUUAUUUUAAAAUGUAUAUGUGAGAAACAAUAAAAGUAU